UACUUACAUAUUUUAAAAGACCAUUUAUUGACUUUAUUGCCGCACCUGUUCUGUCAAUACGACCCAACCGACUCUGCGGUGUUGCACCCAGUCCAUCCUGAAGCACAGGCGGCGUCGACGACGACGACGGCGGCGGAGGGGGGGGAGUGAUCUGACGCUGCUGGUUACAUAGCGGUCAACCACCGGUAGGAGGAGGAUGGAGAUGCCGGAGAAGAAAUAAAGCUGACGACUGAAAACAUCUUAGCGCAAACAUUAACAGCGGCAGACAAUGACUGAGAUGUUUCAAGCCACAGAGCUGAAUACCAAAUUGCCUUCUACUAUCAAGAGAUAGCCAGUCUGCUGGAUGGAGACCCAGGAGGAAUGACAAAGUCUCUUCCCCCUCGGGUGACGCACCGACAGUCUGAGAAAAUGCACUGGGCCGUUUACGGAUACGUUUUUCUUGUUGUCCUGGCGUCCCUUAUUGCCUCUCACACCACCGGGGCCUUAUCAGUGGACACGGAUGGAAACCGUACAGGAAACGGCACUGUGACAGACGCUGGAUUUGUCCCAGUUGUGUUCACAAAAGUGAGCCAGAUAAUUGCCCGGGAGGGUAGUUGCGCGCUGAUUGAUUGCAAUGUCACCGGAGACCCGUUCCCGAGUGUUCAGUGGUUUAACUCCCAUGGAGACCGCCUGGACACGGAGACGAACGGUGGGAAGUGGUGGCUGUUGGACGACGGCGUCCUCAACAUCACCAGCAUCGAGUUCGCAGACCGCGGGAAGUACACCUGCAUGGCGUCCAACGUGCACGGCAGCUCCAACUGCACAGUGACGCUCCGCGUGGUGUUCACCAACGGUGACAUGGGCGUGUACUACAUGGUGGUGUGCCUGGUCACCUUCACCAUCAUCAUGGCGCUGAACGUCACGCGCCUCUGCAUGAUGAGCAGCCACCUGAAGAAGACGGAGAAAGCCAUCAACGAGUUCUUCCGCACCGAGGGUGCCGAGAAGCUGCAGAAGGCGUUCGAGAUCGCCAAGCGGAUCCCCAUCAUCACCUCGGCGAAGACGCUGGAGCUGGCCAAGGUGACGCAGUUCAAGACGAUGGAGUUCGCGCGGUACAUCGAGGAGCUGGCUCGCAGCAUCCCGCUGCCGCCGCUCAUCAUGAACUGCCGCACCUUCAUGGAGGAGAUCCUGGAGGUGGUCGGGGUGGAGGAGAUGAGGCACACCUUCGUCAGGCACGCGCCCGAGGGAGCGACCAGGGCCAUCGGGGCGAGAGACGUCUUCACCAUCCUGCAGGAGAGGGAGCAGGAGCGAGGGCGGGAGAGGGAGCGCAGCGAAUCCCCGGCCGCCGACUCCGACAACUCCUCCGUCCACGAUCAGCCGCAGCACAUCGCCAUCCAGGUGUCGGUCCACCCGCAACUCGCCAUCAGCGGCUACUGCAGCAUCGAAGCGCCGCCUCCGCCGGACGCCGCACCUUCCUCGCCUCCGCCUCUGACUCCUGUUCACCACGAGGAGCAGCCCGGCGCAGAGGAAGAGGCAGAAGAAGAAGAGGAGGAGGAGGUGGUGGUGGUGGAGGAGGAGCAGCAGGCUGCAGCGCCCGAACCCACAGACAAGACCCCGCCUCCGUGCCAGGUGUUCUACGAGAGCCACGUGUGAAGAAACAAACGAACCCUGGAGCUCGGAGGAGCGCGGCGAGUUAUCCUGCUAUGCAUUUCCACUUGAAACAAAAAAAAGGUCAAAACAUUUUUAAUUUCACAUUUUUCGAAAGAAACAAUCACAUUUUUUUUAUCUUUUCUUGAACAAUCUCUUGAACCCUUUGUAGUCCGAUCUACUGAGAAUAAAUCGUGAGAUUUUUUUAGACACUCUGGACUUUCAUGCUUGAAUGUACA